AUGAGCUACUUCCGCGUCCAACUCAUCCGCUCCGCAAUCGGUCUCCCCCGACGCUCAACAGACGUCCUCAAAGCCCUCGGCCUGAAAAAGCGCAUGGGCAUCGUCUUCCACCCCGUCUCUCCCUCGGUCGCCGGUCAAAUUAUGAAAGUCAAGGAACUUGUCUCGGUGCAGGAGGUCGAUCGCGCUUUGACGAAGCAGGAGGUUCGCUUGGAGAGGAAGCCGGAUCCUGGUUACUAUGUUGAGAAGUCCGGUGUCGAUGAGCGGGCUGAGUUGAGUGGGCAUUGA